ACGGGGCCCGGCAGGAGGAGAAAGGAAACCUGCUGGGGGCGGCGGCGGCGGGCGGGCGAGGGAGGAGAGAGUUCACUUUUGCACCGUGUCAGCGCGAGGCGGUCGCAGCGGGCGCUGACGAGGGAGCACGGAGGAAGAGGCUCGCCCAGCUCCGAGCGGCCGGCCGAGGGCAGCUAGUGGCGGGAUCGGAGCGCGCCGGUGGGGCGCGGAGCCCGCGAGCCUGGCCAGCGAGGGGAGCCGCGGGGGGCGCACCCCGGGAGGGCCCCCGGAGCCCCGCAGGAUGCCGCACGAAGAGCUGCCGUCGCUGCAGAGACCUCGCUACGGCUCGAUUGUGGAUGAUGAAAGGCUGUCUGCUGAGGAGAUGGAUGAGAGGAGGCGGCAGAACAUUGCCUAUGAAUACUUGUGCCACCUGGAGGAAGCCAAAAGGUGGAUGGAAGUCUGCUUAGUCGAAGAAUUACCACCAACCACUGAACUGGAAGAAGGGCUCCGGAAUGGGGUUUACCUUGCAAAGUUAGCCAAGUUCUUUGCUCCAAAAAUGGUAUCAGAGAAGAAGAUCUAUGAUGUGGAGCAAACACGUUAUAAGAAAUCCGGCCUUCAUUUUCGACACACAGAUAAUACUGUCCAAUGGUUAAGAGCCAUGGAGGCCAUCGGGCUACCCAAGAUAUUUUAUCCAGAAACAACAGAUGUCUACGAUCGGAAAAACAUACCAAGAAUGAUCUAUUGCAUUCACGCACUAAGUUUAUAUCUGUUUAAACUAGGGAUUGCACCCCAGAUCCAGGAUUUGCUGGGAAAAGUGGAUUUCACAGAGGAGGAAAUCAGUAAUAUGAGGAAAGAGCUCGAGAAGUAUGGAAUACAGAUGCCAUCUUUCAGCAAGAUAGGUGGUAUUCUAGCCAAUGAACUGUCUGUAGAUGAAGCUGCAUUACAUGCUGCAGUCAUCGCCAUUAAUGAAGCAAUUGAGAAAGGAGUGGCAGAGCAGACCAUUAUAACACUAAAAAACCCAAAUGCAGUUUUAACUUUCGUGGAUGACAGCCUUGCACAGGCGUAUCAGAAAGAACUCUGGGAAGCUAAAAAGAAAAAAGAGGAAAAUGCAAGACUGAAGAACAGCUGUGUUUCAGAAGAGGAAAGAGAUGCCUAUGAAGAACUGCUGACCCAGGCGGAAAUCCAGGGCACUGUCAACGCGGUCAAUAGGCUGGCUGCAGUGGACCACAUCAAUGAGGUCAUUCGGAAAGGUGAUCCCGAGAACACACUGCUUGCGCUGAAGAAACCAGAGGCCCAGCUUCCAGCUGUCUAUACCUUUGCUGCUGCUAUGUAUCAGAAUGAACUCUUCAACCUCCAGAAACAGAACACCAUGAACUAUUUGACCCAUGAGGAGCUCUCGAUUGCAGUGGAAAUGUUGUCUGCUGUGGCUUUGCUAAACCAGGCCUUAGAUAGCAACGACCCUGUCGCUGUGCAGAAUCAACUCAGAAGCCCCACCAUAGGUUUCAACAAUCUGGAUGAGGCGCACGUGGAACGUUAUGCGAACGCACUACUCUCCAUUAAACUAGAAGCUUUAUCUCAAGGGCAGGAUACCUUAAGCUGGAAUGAAAUUCAGAACUGUAUCGAUAUGAUUACUAUCCAGAUUCAAGAAGAAAAUGACCGAAUGGUAGCUCUAGGAUACAUCAAUGAAGCUAUAGAUGAAAGAAAUGCUUUAAAGACUUUAGAUACCUUGAUGUUACCCAAUGCUAAGAUCAAAGAUGUGGACCCAGAACUCGCCCAGCACUACCAGGAUCUUUUGUACCAUGCAAAAUCACAGAAACUUCAGGAUCCUGAGAGUGUUUCUAAAGUUCUCUGGCUGGAUGAGAUACAGGAAGCCAUCGAUGAGGCCAACAAGGACAAAAACAAAGCGAAGCGAUGGAUUGCACUGGUCAUUGAUGUCAAUCAGUGUUUGGAUAGAAAAAAUUCAGAUGAUAUCUUGUCUAUUUUGAAGUCUUCUAGUACUAAUAUCCAUGACAUAAUCCCAGAAUGUGCCAACAAGUACUAUGACAACCUCAUGAAGGCAAAAGAGUCCAAGUCUAAAAAUGUGUCUGGUGAAGGUUCAUGGGUCAAACUCAAUGUGCAACAGAAAUAUGACUACUAUUACAACAUUGAUUCCAAGGAAGGUUCCUGGAUCCCACCCGAAUCAAGCUUGCAUAAAGAAUCAUGGCUCACUGGGCAAGAAAUUGAGGACAUCAUUGGGGACGUCACCUCACAUUACAUCCAGGAGAACUUGUGGUCUGCCUCGGAAGAGUUGCUUCUCCGCUUUCAAGACACAAGCCUAGGACCCAUCCUUAGGGAAGAGUUUGAAGCUAGGAAAUUAUUCUUAAAUGAACAAGUAGACAAUGUGGUCAAAAUACAGGCUUUCUGGAAGGGACAUAAACAACGGCAGGAAUAUCUGCAGAGGCAACAAGUAUUAAUUGGUAACGUUGAUUCUGUCGUGAAGAUUCAGUCCUGGUUCCGAAUGGCAGCAGCGAGAAAAAGCUACCUUUCACGACUACAGUACUUCAAAGAUCAUAGCAAUGAAAUUGUGAAAAUACAAUCCCUAAUCCGAGCAAACAAAGCCCGAGAUGACUACAAAGCACUAGUUGGCUCUGAAAACCCACCAUUAACAGUAAUCCGAAAGUUUGUGUACCUGCUGGAACAAAGUAACUUGGAUUUCCAGGAGGAGCUGGAGGUAGCGAGGCUAAGAGAAGAAGUAGUGACUAAGAUCAGGGCCAAUCAGCAGCUGGAGAAAGACCUGAACCUGAUGGACAUCAAGAUUGGACUUCUGGUGAAGAACAGGAUCACACUGGAGGAUGUAAUCUCACAUAGGAAAAAGCUGAAUAAGAAAAAAAGAGGAGAAAUGGAAAUACUGAAUAACACUGACAACCAGGGAAUCAAAAGCUUGAGUAAGGAGAGAAGGAAAACACUAGAGACAUAUCAGCAGCUGUUCUACCUUCUACAGACAAACCCUUUGUACUUGGCUAAGCUGAUUUUCCAGAUGCCACAGAACAAGUCAACUAAAUUCAUGGACACUGUUAUUUUCACACUCUACAAUUAUGCCUCUAAUCAGCGAGAGGAGUACCUACUGCUCAAACUUUUUAAAACUGCUCUGGAGGAAGAAAUAAAAUCAAAGGUGGACCAGGUACAGGAUAUAGUGACUGGUAACCCCACAGUCAUCAAGAUGGUCGUCAGCUUUAACAGAGGGGCCCGGGGACAGAACACCUUGCGCCAGCUCCUGGCCCCAGUGGUGAAAGAGAUCAUUGAGGACAGGUCCCUGAUCAUCAACACCAACCCUGUGGAGGUGUACAAGACCUGGGUGAACCAACUGGAAACACAGACUGGAGAGGCCAGCAAGCUGCCAUAUGAUGUGACCACGGAGCAAGCCCUCACAUACCCAGAAGUGAAAAAUAAGCUGGAGGCAUCCAUUGAGAACCUAAGGAAGGUCACUGACAAAGUCCUGAGUUCUAUCAUUUCUUCCCUUGAUCUACUACCUUAUGGAUUGAGGUAUAUAGCCAAGGUACUGAAGAACUCCAUCCAUGAGAAAUUCCCCGAUGCCACAGAAGAUGAGCUAUUAAAGAUCGUUGGAAAUCUCCUGUACUACCGGUACAUGAACCCAGCCAUCGUGGCUCCAGAUGGCUUUGACAUCAUUGACAUGACAGCAGGAGGCCAGAUCAAUUCCGACCAAAGGAGAAACCUGGGGUCUGUGGCGAAGGUUCUUCAGCAUGCAGCCUCCAACAAGCUGUUUGAGGGAGAAAAUGAGCACCUGUCAUCCAUGAACAGUUAUUUAUCAGAGACCUAUCAGGAAUUCAGGAAGUAUUUCAAAGAAGCAUGUAAUGUCCAUGAACCAGAAGAGAAGUUUAAUAUGGACAAAUACACAGAUUUGGUGACCGUCAGCAAGCCAGUCAUUUAUAUUUCAAUCGAAGAAAUCAUCAGCACGCAUUCACUCCUGCUGGAACAUCAGGAUGCCAUUGCCACUGAAAAAAGUGACCCACUCAAUGAGCUACUGGAGUCGCUGGGGGAGGUGCCUAUGGUGGAGUCCUUUCUUGGGGAAGGAGCAGUUGAUCCCAAUGACCCUAAUAAGGAAAACACACUAAAUCAACUCUCAAAGACUGAGAUUUCUCUUUACUUGACCAGCAAAUACAACAUAGAAGAUGGUGAAGCUGUCGAUGGCCGAAGUCUCAUGAUAAAGACCAAAAAACUGAUCAUUGAUGUGAUCCGGAACCAGCCAGGGAACACAUUGACUGAAAUCUUAGAGACUCCAGCGACUGAACAGCAGGAACUAGAUCAUACCAAAGACAUGGAGAGCCAUGCAGUUAUAGACUCCAGAACUCCAGAAGAAGUGAAACACAGCCAAGCGAUGAUGGAAGACGCACGCUUGCCUCUUGAGCAGAAGAAGAGGAAGAUCCAGAGGAAUCUUCGGACUUUGGAGCAGACUGGACUUGUGUCAUCCAAAAAUAAAUACCAAGACAUUCUCAACGAGAUUGCCAAGGAUAUUCGAAAUCAAAGAAUCCAUCGCAAGCUUCGAAAAGCUGAAUUGGCAAAACUUCAGCAGACCCUGAACGCACUAAAUGAGAAGGCAGCAUUUUAUGAAGAUCAGAUUAAUUACUAUGACACCUACAUCAAGACUUGUUUAGACAACCUAAAAAGGAAAAAUUCUCGGAGAUCAAUUAAACUAGAUGGAAAAGCAGAACCCAGAGGAAUGAAGAGAGCGAAGCCAGUGAGAUACACAGCAGCAAAGCUGCAUGAGAAAGGCAUCCUGUUGGGCAUAGAUGACCUUCAAACAAACCAGUUUAAGAAUGUUACAUUCGAUAUCGUAGCUACCGAAGAUGUGGGCAUCUUUGACGUCAGAUCAAAGUUCCUCAGUGUCGAGAUGGAGAAGGUACAACUCAAUAUUCAGGAUUUGCUUCAGAUGCAAUAUGAAGGCGUUGCUGUAAUGAAAAUGUUCGAUAAGGUUAAAGUGAACGUGAACCUGCUUAUAUACCUGCUCAACAAGAAGUUCUACGGGAAGUGAAGUGCCUGCCUGGAUUCCACAUCACCUGGAUCGAGAAAUGAAUCUGUCUAGUAUUUUUGUUUUCAAACAUGAUUUAAAUCACUGCUUAUAAACGUGUGAUUUUUUUUUUAAGACCAAAACUGUUUGGAAGAAUGUACCCAUGUGCCUUUUUGAUAAUCUCUUACUACAGUGGGACACACAAAAUGAACUAAUGGACACACAUCCACAUUGUACUGUGGUGUAGGUACUCCGAUUUAAACUCUGGGCACCCUGUGAUUUGUUCUGAAGUAGGGGGAGAGAGUUUAGCUGACUAGGGACAAAUGUAUAAACCUAUUUUCCUAUGAGAAAUUUUAAAUGUCCUACUUAAAUAAUGUAACUCUUCAUAGAUUUUUUUUUAAUCUGUGGAGAAAUGGAAAGCUAAUUAAUUUGUAAUUAAUUGUUUAGACAUAGUUCUAAACCCUGUCUUCUGGGAAUUAUCCGUUUUACAGAGAACUUUUGUGCAAUUCAAAAUGAAGUUUUUAUAAGAAAUUGAAAGUGAUGAUACAAUAACACUUUCUGUAUAAAAGUAUAUAUUUUAUGUGAUUUAUUCAGUUUACUCAAUGGAAGUGCACUACUGCCUCACGGGAAGACUUCUGUACCAGGAGUCUAAGGAACUACGUGGACAGCACUCAUAGGCCCCCACCUUCACCCCUCACAAUUUAUUUGAAUACUUCAAUUGUGCCUCUCAAUUUUUUGUAAUGCUAUAAAAUCAGUAUCUAGAUGGUUUUUAAAUGUAUUCUUUAAAAAUUGUUUUAUGUAAAAUAAAUGUUACUUAAUUACAUGA